UCCGGCACUCAGUUCACAUUCUCAAACCAACGAGACACAGCUAGUCAGCAAACGGAGAUUACCAGAGCUUUCACAUGUGGAUACGGAUCACGACACACGGGCUCCAGGUAUAGAGGGAGAAGCACAGGACCUCUGUCUAUCCAAUUCUGAAGUGCCCUGGUGCCAGCUGUAUAGGUCAACCCAACCGGAACAUUGCAGGACAAUAGGAGCCCAACCCAAAGACCUUAGACGACUAUCAAAAAGCAAAUAAUCAAGCUCAUUAGCUCUCUUCCCCCAAGACGACCUUUUCUGAAAGGAUCAACAGAAGGGGGAAGUUAAAGAGGACCAAACAAGAGGGGGGAAGCGAACGUCGACGGCUAUUUCUGAAACUCUGUGGUGAAGGGAACAUCUCAUUUGAGAUUUUGGACUGCAGAAAAAGGAUUUCCUCAUGCCAGUGCCUGUGUAAGUACUGCAUGUAGAUUUGUCCCUUGUCCAAAAGAGUCCAGUAAAGAGACUAAAUAUAGCGAAAGCUCAACAGCCAGAUUCUCAGAUUUUCAAAAUGCGGAAAAAUCCACAUUCAUAGGGAGCUUAUAAAUGGAUACACCUCAGAUCUUGAAGAAGCAUUGAAACUGUAGUUUCCAAGAGGGUUUCCUUCUCUUAGUAGGGCAAAGCAAUUGCUUUGUCCUUUCUGUUUGGAUGCAUUUUUCCAUAACUCUAAAAUGAAGCCUUUAACUCCCGUUGGUUCACCUUCUCCGCUGCGGCUCCUAAACAAGGGACCAGAUUACCUUCGCAGGCAGAUGGAUGCCGGAAGCAGGGGCCGAUCCAUUAGCGCCGUAGAGCGGCUGGAAGCGGACAAGGCAAAGUACGUCAAAAGUCAACAGGUCAUAAACACCAAGCAGGAGCCCGUAUUAGUGCCCUGUGCGACCCCUCCACCGGUGCCCCGUCGAAACUUCACUGUGUCCACUCCUUCAACUCCCGUUCUCCCACCUCGAAAUCAAAUGGCGCCUUUCUCCGCACCUCAGUUCGUGAGGGAUGAAAAUGAGGACGACUCCAGGAAAGAGAACUGUCGGAAUGAAACUGAUGUGGAAACCAACAAUCGCAACAACGCAAAUAAGCCUCCUGUACCUUCCCCAAGAACUCCAAUCAUUGCUCCAUUAGUCGCCCCACAUAGUGCUCCAAUUAUGCGCAGGAGUAACGGCAAGCGCAUGUUGCGUCCAGACUCUCUGGUCAUUUACAGACAGAAGAAAGAGUGCAGGAGUCCCAGCAGUGGUGGCGAAAACGGCAACCCCAACGUGGAGGUCAAGGGCUACAGUUUCGUGCGACGGCUCUUCCAGGGAUCCAUGCGUGAAAAGAACAACCGGAACGAGGCUCAGAAAUUGGUGAUAAACGAGGAGAAGGCGUCUUCCUCUCGGGACGGGGAUUCUCGAAUGUCCUGGUCCAAUGACAAAGUCACUGUCGACGGUGGAAACGAGACCAGGCGAUCGAGCAAAUCCGAGCAAGAGCACUCGACGCCAGAGACACAAAACAACAACAACACUGGUUUUCAAGAGAAGCUAUCUAAGAUCAACGUUAUGGGCAACUCCAACAAUAACGACAUGGAUCCAUGGAAGCCCGUCAUUCCUCGCAUACGGGCCGAUUUGAAACGGUCCAAGUCGGAAUUACGACUACGCUGCUCGCUAGCCAUGUCCGAGCAGGAACGCUUCUUCGACUACUGCGGAUUGGACUUCGAUAUGGUGGAGAGGAUCGGACCGAAGAACUUUCUAAAAGGGGCCAGUUCAAUCGACACGCUCUCGCUGCUACUGAGGAGCGUCGGAGGCGGCGGCUCGGAGCCCAGUGAGUUUUCCCGACACUCCGGGGAAGGAGGAACUGGCCUCCUUUUCCAGGAGGAACUGGCCGAGCAGAUCCCUACAGGGGUCUCAAUUAUUGAGAGAAAUGCACGGGUCAUAAAGUGGCUCUACGGCUGCAGGAACGCAGCCCAAGAGGGUCCUAAAGAGUCUACCGUUUGAUUAUCACGGUAACCGAACUGAAACUUUUUUGGAGCCGCGUUCCAAUACGGAAAACCGUGCUGUAUUUAUUUCAUGUGGGACUUUGUAUUUGUAUUUAAGAGAUUUGUUUUGCUGUUCACUGCCAGUCUAAAAAAAUUUAGUUUACUUUUACUUCUUGUCACGACUUACACUGUGGCUAUGUCCGAAAUCGCCCCCUUAUACCCUCGUUCACUAUUCCAUAUAUUAUAGUCCACUUAAAGGGAUCAAAAUGAAAGGAAGUAAACAAAUUUUGCUGUGGACGCCAACUUCCGGCAAGACUCUUACGCUCACAUUGCAUGGCUAUUCUCUAGCUGUUGAGUGUAUAUCGGUUGUACACUUACUGCAGUGCAUUGUGGGAUUGAAUGAGUGCACUCAGUAAUGUCCACUAUGGUUUCUGAUCUUUUAGUGCACUGUAUAAGGGUAUAGGCGCGAUAGUGAUGUCAUCUCUUGUUCUCUGUAUAUAGAAAGACACGAAUCCGUCCUGUUACUUCAGUUCAGAAACAAUUAUUUGUUGAGCGUAACUUAAAGAAUAUGUCAUCUGAUGAUGAUGAUGAUUUGACACUGAAAACCACUAAGCUUUUUUUCUGGGGCUGGGAAACCCAAUGCAUGAGUGUUAAAUGAACCAUGUGUACCUCAUUUCCCAAAUGUCCCAGUUUAGUUUCUGUGUUGCAGUUUUUUCCUUUAACGCAGGCGUUGGAACAAACACACAGAGCACCCCUGUGGGGAUAUUAAUGCACUGAUUUGGAUAAAGAGAGACGGAGCGAGAGCUAUAUAUACUGCUUUGAUUCAACACUGUCUGUGUGUGUGCAAAUAAAUAUGCAGGUCCUGAAUAUGCAAGUUUCACUAACUUGUGCCAAAGAUGUGUGCUGUGAACUGAUGUACGAUAUGUUUCUAAACCUUAUCGAGCUGCUUAGAGAGAAUCAUGCUCACGGAGUUUGACAUCAACAUGUUGCCAAUCUAACGCCGCCUUCACACUGGCAGUUGAAUUCAGCUCCGAUGCGGCUGCGAAACGACCGGAAGUCAUUCAUUUCCUA